ACAAACAGAGCUUUUAUCUUUUAUUACUCUAUCUCUUCUCCCCCCCCCCCCCCCCCCCCCCCCCCCCCCCACCUUCAUUCCUUCUGUCUCUCUCCCCUUCAGCAAAAACAUCAAUGGAUUCUAUGACCUAUGUACCCUAUGGAGGCCUUGCUGCAACUCUAAAUGCCAACAUCCAUGGAAAUGGAACUCAAACCUUGGUCCUUUCCUAUGGCUAUGGGUUGGAUCAGAAUGUUUGGCACCUCCUCCUUCCUUACCUUGUUUGUUGCUUCAAGGUUCUCACUUUUGACUUGGCCUUCUCACCAAAUGUCACCCCAGAUUUCUACAAACCAGACAAGUACUCAACCCUCCAUGGCUACUCACAAGACCUUGUCAACCUUCUUGACGAGCUUCAGCUCAAGAACACUGUCUACCUUGGUCACUCCAUGUCAGCCAUGAUUGGUGCCAUUGCUGCAACAGAAAGGCCAGACCUUUUCCAACACCUCAUCUUGCUCAGUGGCUCCCCAAGGUAUCUCAAUGACAGUGGUUACUAUGGAGGGUCUGAGAUGCCACAGCUCAACAACCUCUUCAACACCAUGGAGAAGAACUACUCGAACUGGGUUCGCAAUUUCGCACCAGCAGCAGUUACCGUGAGUGACAAGGAAGCCAUAGCAGAGUUUGAGCAGAGCUUAGGGAGGAUGAACCCUAAGGUAGCUGUAGAUGUUGCUAAGGCUGUGUUUCUAGGGGACCUGAGAAAGGUUUUACCUGAAGUUACAGUGCCUUGCUCUGUGAUCCAAUCUAGAGAAGACUUAUUUGUCCCAGAGUUUGUGGGACAUUACAUGCAAAAGAACCUUGGUGGAGCUGCAAAGGUUCAGUUCCUCAAGGCUCAAGGGCAUUUCCCACAGCUCACGGCUCACCGCUUGCUCCUCAAGGCUUUGAAGAAGUUGCAUUUGAUUAGUGGGAUUAAGAAAUGUAGUCCUUCUUUGUUGUGAGUCGGUGUCGGCUGUGUGAUCGUGAGGUCUUCUGUUCGAAUUUCUGUAAUUCUCACUGGUAAGCACUUGGUGUCUGAUGUCUAUGCAAACUUCAAUCUUAUAUGAAUGGUUUUCGUUUGAGGGUGCGUGUUAGUAUGUGGUAUAAAAUUCAUUAUUGAACCUCUCACAAGUCACAACAACUCGAGUUAUUGACAGUGGCCGCAGAAGAGUAUUGAUAUAUUUGUGUGGCUCAAUGCCUUGUGCCCCAAGUUAUAGCUUGAUCCAACAUGAAUCAUAAACUCCUUAGGAAAUUAACAAGUACAAGGGAUAACUGAUAAGACAUUAUAUAUUGGAGGUCAAUUUAUAUGUAGCCAUGGGUAAGACAUAGAAAAGGUAAUGAGUGUGUGCUUAUAUCAAACAGAGUGAAAAUGUUAAGAAGUCACAAAUUUUAAGCUAUGUUUAAGCAGAUCAUGCCAAAUAAAUACUCCAAAAUCCAAAUAGUGACGACCUUACCACAAGACAAUACUUUUAAGAAAUUAUUAAUUAUGGUUUAAUAGGUCCAUAAAAAUUAAAAAUAUUAAAAGAUGCUUAAUAGGCCCAUAACCAGCAGCUCCUUCAACUCAAAUCUGAGCACGUGAAAUUCACAAGGUUCAUGAACAUAGGAUGCGACGUCUCAAUAUAAGAAAGAAUAGCUAAGGGAGGAAUUUUACAAUGCUGAUAAGCGUAGAUGUUUAUUUUUUUGUGUAUAAGAUCGAAUUUGUGUCCUAAUGAAAAUUCAAAUUAAAU